CAUGUGUUGGAGGCAAAUGUUGCAUGGCAACUAACGCCACAAAAAGACAAAUUAAAACAUUAUGUAACCUCCCUUCGUCGUGCCCCUUUGCUUGUCCAGGCCAGCAAUCACCACCACCUUCAUUCCAUUCAAACUAUUCACAACAAACCAAACCAAACCAAACCAAACCAUACAAUUCAAUUCCUUCAUCUUUCUCUUCUCUCACAUUCAUUCAUAUUUCAUAUAUUAUACAUACAAUUCAAUCAUACAUCUAUUCUUUCUUAUUCAGCAAAUCAUUGUAAUAAAUUAGGCUAUGGUUCAUACCAAAUAAAAUAGUGCAUUCUCACGAUUCGGAUCAGACACUGCGGCCGGAAACGAUGAACUCGCCGUCAUCAUCGUCCUCGUCCACGGGAGACGCUAGAUCGAUAGCGGUAAAGUCCACGAUCGUGGAGUCGAUUCGAGGAUGCGGAAUGUCUGGCGUCCGCGUCGACAAGGAGGAGCUCAGGCAGAAACUCACCAUGCCACAGUACCUCCGUUUUGCAAUGCGUGAUUCCAUCUGCCUCCAGGACCCCUCCGCCGGCGAGAGCCGCUUUAUUUCCGCCAGAGACGACGACAACUACGCUGACAAUGCAGUCGUGCCAUCGACACCGAUGGUGGUGUUCAUUAAUCCCCGCAGCGGUGGCCGCCAUGGCCCUGUCCUUAAGGAGAGGCUUCAGCAUCUCAUGAGUGAGGAGCAGGUUUUUGAUAUAUUAGAUGUGAAGCCUCAUGAAUUUAUACGGUAUGGGUUAGGUUGCCUGGAGAUGUUGGCUGGUAUUGGUGAUUCUUGUGCCAAAGAAACUCGUGAAAGAAUAAGGAUUGUUGUUGCUGGAGGUGAUGGUACAGUUGGCUGGGUAUUAGGAUGUCUCACAGAACUUCAUGAACAAGGUCGGCUACCUGUUCCCCCAGUAGCGAUUGUACCACUUGGUACGGGCAAUGAUCUGUCUAGGAGUUUUGGUUGGGGCGGCUCAUUUCCAUUUUCCUGGAAGGCAGCUAUUAAAAGAACUCUUUAUAAGGCUAGUACUGGUCCAAUUUGCCGUUUGGAUAGUUGGCGAAUUUCUCUUUCAAUGCCAGAGGGCGCAAUAGUGGAAGCACCGAAUUCUUUGAAGCGGACAGAGGAGUUCAAUCUUGAUGAGGGCUUAGAAGUGGAGGGAGAACUGCCUGAGGAAGUUGUAUGUUAUGAAGGCGUGUUUUACAAUUACUUCAGCAUAGGAAUGGACGCCCAAGUCGCUUAUGGCUUUCAUCAUCUACGCAAUGAAAAACCUUACCUUGCCCAGGGUCCAAUUACAAAUAAGAUUAUAUACUCUGGUUACACUUGCACACAAGGUUGGUUCUUCACACCUUGCUCAAGUGAGCCAAGCUUAAGGGGACUUAAGAACAUUCUGCGGAUGCAUGUAAAAAAAUUCAAUGACUCAGAAUGGGAGCCGGUUCUAGUUCCCACAAGCGUAAGAGCAGUAGUUGCACUAAAUCUUCAUAGUUAUGGAAGCGGAAGAAAUCCAUGGGGUAAUCUUAAACCAGAAUAUUUGGAAAAGAGAGGCUUUGUUGAAGCACAAGUUGAUGAUGGACUUUUGGAAAUAUUUGGUCUAAAACAAGGUUGGCAUGCAUCAUUUGUGAUGGUUGAGCUGAUCUCUGCAAAGCACCUUGCACAGGCAGCGGCUAUCCGAUUGGAGGUAAGAGGUGGGGAAUGGAAAGAUGGGUAUAUGCAAAUGGAUGGAGAACCGUGGAAACAACCAUUGAGCAAGGAUUACUCCACAUUCGUGGAAAUAAAGAGGGAACCUUUCCAGUCACUUCUGAUUAAUGGAGAGUGAUUCUUUGAAAAUUUUGAUUGUUCUGUAGAUGCCGUGGUUAAAUGCAAUAUGUGUAUAUUAUGUGUAACUAAUGUAAUCUUAUGUAUUAGACACACUGAUACUUUACUUCUCACUUUGAAAUAGAUUACUCAUAAGAUAAAUCAGAGUAGACACACACCAUUUUAC